AUGCGCUUGUGCAGUCCAACGCCUGGACGGGCGACUCGAGCCCUGGAUGCAAGCCGUCCGCAGCUCGUGACCUUGCCGGCGGGAUCCAGCGAGGCGUUUGAGAUUUGCUCGCUUGGAGACAAAGGCAAAGGCGUCAUCGCCAAGAGGAACUUGCGAAAAGGAGAACUGAUUCUUCAAGAGCCGCCCUUACUCAUACUUACACGAGAUGAGUUGGGCACAUUCAGCGAUGCAGACAUCGAGCAGCGCCUUUCGAAGCUAUCAGAGGCUAAUCAGGCAUCCUUUUGGAACCUGUUUGAUGCACAACUGUUCGAGAGCAGCGGCCGAGGCUCGGCCAAAAGCAGGGUUUUGACAAACAGCUACCCUGUAGAAGAUGAGAUUGGGCAAGAGGCCGUCGCCGUUUUCAACACCAUCGCGCGAUUCAACCACAGCUGCGUGCCAAACGUACACAACAGCUGGGAUGCUGAGACAGGUAUAGAGACCAUUUGUGUUACGCAGGAUAUAGAAGCUGGGCAAGAGUUGUGCACAACAUACUUGGACUUGUUCACCAAGCGUCAAGAGCGACAGGAGCAGCUGUCCAAGCGUCUGAGGUUCCAGUGCACGUGUGAGGUUUGCAGCCUUCAGGGGCAGAUGCAGGAGCAAAGCGAUGCAAGGCGCGCACGCCUGAGUUUCCUGUGGCUUGCUGGAUUUGAGGUGGCCGCCAACGCUGCCAUGGUUGAUCUCGCGGCCGAGAUGGCCACGGCUGCCUUGGACAAUGUCUUGAUGGCUGAAGGCCCCGACUCGCCCCGGGCGCAGCUCCUGUGCCAAUGUGUCGAGGCCUGUGCAUAG